CUUCACUCUCAACUCACUAUUCAACACACACACACACACUAAAUCAUGGCCUCCACAGAGACUCCUGCGGCAGCAGCGGAGGCCGAGAAGGUGGCGGAAGCAGCACCAACGUCGACGGAGGUGGAAAAGGAAGCGGAGGCACCACCACCGGAGGUGAAAGCCUCCGCCGAUGCACCACCGGUUGAUUACUUCGCGGUGGCGGAGGUGGUGCUGAGAUUCUUGCUGUUUGCUUCAGCGGUGGUGGCUGUUGUGGUCACGGUGACUAGCAACCAAACCAAACAAGUCCCUCUGCAGUUUCCUCCCUUCCAGGCUUCUCUGCCUGCCAAAUUCAAUCAUUCCCCAGCUUUCAUAUACUUUGUGGCAGCACUCUCAGUUGCAGGGUUGUAUAGCAUAAUCACUACCCUCUUAUCAUUCUAUGCCCUCCUCAAGCCUGGAUGCUGUCCCCAAGUGCUGUCCCAUUUUGUCAUAUUUGAUGUGCUACUGCUAGGAGUUGUGGCUUCGGCAACUGGUGCUGCAGGUGCCGUUGCAUACAUAGGUUUGAGGGGCAACUCCCAUCUCGGCUGGAAAAAGGCGUGCAACGUCUACGACGAAUUCUGCAAGCACGUCGGAUCCUCCAUUUUCGUCUCGUUGUUUGCUUCCAUCGUGUUGACGUUGUUGGUUUUACUCUCGAUUUACUCCCUGUCUAAAAAAAUAACAAAGUAGCUUGAUCAGUCAUGAGUUACGGGCAUGAUCGAAGAAUUUUUAGAAUUGCCCUUGUUGGAUGAUCACUAGUAUUUGUGGUAUUGUGGAUCAACUGGGAUUGGUAUUCUUGUGUGUGUGUUUGUAGGCAUGGUCUUGUGCAGUUGAUAGAACUUUUGAUUUGAUUGUGUACAUAUUAUUGAUGUAUCAUGUGCUUGACGGAAAGUUGUAAUGAAAAUGUGUUGUUCUAAGUUU